AUGUACGUACCAGAUUUGUUUCUGGAACGUAGCAGGGAGGAGGACUUCUGGGUAGGUUUAAGAAAAUGGGACAUCGUAGUGUUAUUUGAGACAUGGGCUAACAGUAAGAAAUGGAUGGAGGUUAGAGAGUCCUGGAAAAGGGGCUUCAAAUGGGACAUACAGGAGGCAAUAGUUCCCAAAGGAAGGGGUAGAGCAAGAGGAGGCAUACUGAUUGGAGUUAAAGAAGAAAUAGAAGUAGGAAAAAAGAGAAAAUGGGAUAUAGAAGGGUGGGUGGAAAGAGAGGUGAAACUAGGAGAGGAGUGGUGGUGGCUAGUAGGGGCAUACAUCAAUGAGGACCUAGAGAGGAAGAAAAAGCUCAUGAGCAGAACUGGAACAGGCGGAGGAAUUAAAGUCGGAAAAGGACAAGAAGAAUGUAGCAUAAGAAAAUCGAAAGACAAGGUAAUCAAUAAGGAGGGAAAGGAGCUAUGUAGAUUCAUAGAAGAAAGAGGAUGGGCAAUUCUAAAUGGAUGUAUUGAAGGAGACGAAGACGGAGAAUGGACUUUCGUAGGGGAAAGAGGCUGUUCUGUAAUAGAUGUGGUGAUGAGUGAUGAGAGAAACAGUGAUAAGAUCUUAGAACUAAAAGUAGAAGAUAGGACAGAGUCAGACCACCUCCCGGUUUCGGUGAAGGUAAUAGCUAAAGGGAGUAGAAAAGAUAAGAAAGACAGGGAGACAAGACAGGGGACAGGCUCGAUGUACAUAAAAUAUAGGAUAGCUAGAAUUAAGUUCAAGUUCCUGGUACCAGAUUACAUUCUCGGUAACAGCGCAGACUCCUACAAAACCCCAAGCGAGAGCGUCUGCUCAAACGAAUGGAACCGCAAGGCGCUGAAACGGUUCCGUGACGGCGAAGUGAAUUGCCUAGUAGCGACAGACGUUUUAGAUGAAGGCGUGGACGUUCCACUGUGCAACUUGAUAGUCUGCUACGACCCUCCACAAAACUACCGCGCCUACAUGCAGAGCAAAGGCCGAGGUCGUUACAAGCACAGCAAGUUCGUGGUACUGGUCGAAUCUCAAGACAAUUCGUACCUAGCAAAGUACAACCUGUUCCAGCAGAUUGAGCGAACUCUUCGGAACUCGCUGGUCGGUAAAACAGAGCAGCGCCCUCAGCCGACUCCAGACGAGCUGGAGAACCUUUAUGAGAACGAUAUCGAGCCUUACACAGUUACAGACGUCAAUGGCGUCGAAGCGACAGUAACUGCUAGUGCAGCAAUCAGUCUCUUGGAACAUUACUGCGGAACUCUGACGCGAAAGACAAAAUUCUCCAACAAGUCUCCAAUUUACAAGCUUAUAAAAAAAAGAGCAAGAUCUCCGCUCAAUUCUGCUUUGGAGGUUGAAGUCUUCAGUGUCUCCGUGAGGAUGCCCAUCCAUUGCCCGCUAAGGGAAGAAAUUGUUGGCAGGACGAUGGAUGACAUCAGCAGCGCCAAACAAGCUGUGGCACUGGAGGUCUGCAAGAGGCUGCACAAAAUGGGGGAGCUGACUGACCGGCUGCUGCCCAAAGACACCAAGGAGAUUGUUGGAGAUAUUAUUGAUCUGCUGCCCUGCUGGAGGCACGAGGAUCCGGAGAACAAGAAGGUUGUCGGAACCAAGAACUCCAAGAGAUUUUACAGCUAUGCUGACCCGGUUGCGUUUUAUAAAUGCUUCCCGGUGAUUGGCCAGGAGAAUUACUUGCACUUGAUCAAGCUUCAGAUGCUACCGCUGCCCAACAAUCAGAUGAGCAUUAUGAGUCGUGCACUUUUGGAUAUUCCAAACUUUUUGAAGUGGAAACUUAUUAGUCGCGUUGGGCACUUUCUGAUAGGGGAAAAUCUUAGGGGUUUGCAUCACCGACAUGCUAUGACUGGCGCACGCGCAGCGGCCGUGUGCUGUGCGCAUUAG